AUGGCUAUAUCUGACUAUUUCAAUGGUUGGUGGAGCAUAUGCGUUUACCUCAUGUGGAUGGUAGCUGGCGGGAGAAAACCUCUCAAGGCUGCGGCGAUGCCGUGCAACGUUUUAACCAUACCCUUGGGUCAGCCAGUGAGUAGAAGGCAGACAUUCGACUCGCGCGCGAGUGUUGUGAGUGAAGUUUUUUUUGGAAAAUCGAACUUGCGGACGUUGGAUCGACGUCGCAACCGCAAGUUCCAGGAGCCGAUCGAGGCUUCGAAGAGCAUCAUCGGUCAGCUUCGGAUUGUGUCUUCGGUGGACGGCGCAGUCAGCAGUGGUCGAUGGGAGAGCUUAAGGGCUCUCGGUCAUGAAAUAAUUAUCGGAACAUGUCGACUGCAGGCG